AUGGAAGACAAACUUAGGGGACAAUUUUUCACAGGUAACUAUAAAGGUGUUAUUGACUCAAAUGCGGCCAGCAAAGGAGUUUACCCAGCACUUCUUCAUUAUUCAUCACUGAUAGAAAUUGGUCAGCAAACAGCAUUAAGCAGUGCCCCUUCAUCUCUUCCUCUUGCAAAUCUUCAAUUAUUAAAUUCACACGUCAACCAAGGCCAGCUAAUUGCAUCCAGCAUCCAACCUGACCAGUAUAAUUUCCACGAAUUCCUGAAAUCGAUUUCUCUAAUCAAUGAAGGCGACUUUUCUCAAGCAAUAGAAACAACUCCUCAAACUUCACCUGAAAAAGCAGCUUUAGUCGCUUGUGCUAUGUUGAAGCUUAAACAUCCUGAAAUUGCUGAAAACACCCUUAAAAAUGCCUUAUCAAAAAGCGAAGAAGACGCAUCUCUGCAGUUUAUGAUGGCCAUUACACAAAUAUUAAAAGGGGAAUAUGAAGAAGCAAGCUCCAAUAUUAGCGAAUUAUCACAGAAAUUUGGGGACUCUCCAUUGUUACUAAAUGCUUCAGCAAUUUGUGCUCUUGAAGAAGGAAAUUAUCAGGAAGCAGAACAAGAUUUAAAUAAAGCAUUAUCAUUAGCAAAUGAAAUGGGUGGGAAAAACAUGGACAUUUCACUGAAAAAUAUGAUUGCAUGCAAAAGACAGGCUGGGGAGGAUUUUUCUAUUUAUGAGCAGCAGCUGGCCAAAAUUAAUCCAAAUGACAGCUAUUUUACGACCCUUCAAAACGCAUCUCAGCUAUUAGAUCAGCUAAUUUCAUAA